GGAACAACUUCAUGAACAGUUGGAGUCCUACACACCUCCUGAAAGUGGUUUAUUCACUAGUUUCUUUUCCCCCAAAAAAGUGAUUCCUACAGUAACAUUGAACGUAAAAGUAGAGUACAUUUUAAUGAAUUUAUGAUUGAUGUUCACAAGAAAAUACAUGAAACUAAAACAUUGGUGGCUCCAAAUCUUGAUUAUGAAAAGUCAAAACCUUUUGAUCCAAUACCCAUAGUAGCUGAUGCAAUUAAUAGUAAAGCCUGGCUAAUAUGUUUUGAUGAAUUCCAGGUAACUGACAUAGCAGAUGCAAUGAUACUUAAAAGAUUGUUUACACAGCUGUUUGACAAUGGUACUGUAGUUGUAGCAACAAGUAACAGACCUCCAGAUGAUCUAUACAAAAAUGGAUUGCAAAGAUCUAAUUUUCUUCCCUUUAUUCCCAUUCUAAAAAGUCGUUGUCAGGUGUUAAGUCUAGAUUCAGGCAUAGAUUACAGACUGAGAAUAAGUUCAAAUGAAACAAAGUAUUUUGUAAAUAAUGAUGAAGCUGUUGAUGAAAUAUUUAAAUAUUUGUGUUCAAGAGAAACAGAUUGUGUCAGACCAAGAACAUUUAAUAUUCAAGAACGUAAUGUUUCAUUUCAGAAAACUUGUGGAAGAAUUUUAGAUGCAACAUUUGAUGAACUUUGUAACCGACCUUUGGGUGCCAAUGAUUAUUUAUUACUCACCCAAUUCUUCCAUACUGUUAUAAUAAGAGAUUUUCCACAAUUGACAUUAAGCAGCCGGUCACAAACUCGACGUUUUAUCACAAUGAUUGAUACAUUUUAUGAUAAUAAAGUAAGAGUUGUAAUAAAUGCUCAGGUUCCACUGAAAGAUCUGUUUUUAAGGCAAAAACCUGAUAAUUUACAUCUCAGUGAUGAAAACAGGAUGCUAAUGGAUGACCUAAAGGUCAGUCAAGAGGAUGCCACUGCUAAUGUGUUUACAGGAGAUGAAGAAAUAUUUGCUUUUGAUAGAACAUCCUCAAGAUUAGCUGAAAUGCAAACAAAAGAAUAUUGGGAUAGGACAAAGGUUUAACAAGCAAUUUCUAAGUCGUAUUGGUAUAAUGAUUUAAAAUUUACUUAAUAAGAUGUAUAUUUUGGUAUGGUGAUAUUUAAAAUUAUAUUUAUUUUCAUAUGCAGUUUUAAGUACUUAAUUUGUGUGAUAUUUUUAACAAAUUGUUGUUUUAUGUAGUUACCAAGUCCUUGAAUGAAUAGAAAAGUUACAUUUAAGAAGAGAAUUGUUAAUUUUG